AUGGCAGGACCUACACCAACCUUCGAUACACCCGAGGCGCUCAGCCCCUUUUUACGCCGCACCGAUAGUGAUCCUCGACCUGUUGUUCUAAUGACCUGUGGAAUGGCAGGCUCUGGAAAGUCAUCACUUUCUAAAAGGAUAUUAUCAAACCAUCCCUCUUUCAAACGGUUCUCAAUCGACUCCCAUAUAUACAUCAAAUAUGGGUUAUAUGGUGUUGAUUAUCCAGAAGAUAAAUACAGCGGAUAUCAAGAUGAGGCCGAGAGCGCUCUCCGACAUGAAUUGGUGCAGCUACUUCGCCAAGGCUCGCAGGAUGCAAUCCUAGAUUUCUCCUUCGCAUUUCAGGAGACUAGAGAUGAAUGGAAGAGGCUGAUCGAAGAGUCUGGGGGCCGGUGGGUGCUUACGUAUCUUGAUGUCGGUGGUGAUGAGUUACGGCGGCGGGUCAGGGCUCGGAAUCAGUUUGCUAUCAAAGAUGGCGACUCGGCCUUUUUUGUGACAAACGAGAUUCUAGAGAGUUUUCUUGCUGGCUUUGAGAGGCCUACCGGUGAGGGCGAAAUCGUCUUACAGCUUGGUAUCGUAUCUUGA